AUGAGGAACGAAAUCUGCUCCUUAGCCUUUGUCCGGGCAGUGUUUGCAGAAUUUCUGGCCACUUUAAUAUUUGUCUUUUUGGGAUGUGGGUCAGCCCUUAACUGGCCAUCAGCUCUUCCAAGUGUCCUCCAGAUUGCUAUAGCUUUUGGCCUUGCCAUUGGUACACUAGUACAAAUUUUUGGACACGUGAGCGGAGCCAAUAUAAACCCUGCAGUCACUGUAGCAUUCUUGGUGGGAUCCCAAAUUUCGCUUUUACGUGCAGUGUUCUAUAUAGCAGCCCAGAUUGUUGGAGCAAUUGCAGGAGCUGGUAUUUUAUAUGGAGUCGCUCCUCCUGAAGUGCGUGGAAACUUGGCCAUCAAUUCGGUAAAUACUGGAAGUCCAGGCCUGGUUCUAGUGGUGGAAAUCAUCCUAACAUUCCAGCUAGUGCUCUGUGUCUUCGCAUCCACAGACAGCAGAAGGACUGACAAUGUAGGGUCGCCGGCAAUAUCUAUUGGACUUUCUGUGACUUUGGGACAUCUUUUGGGGAUUUAUUUUGAUGGAUGCUCCAUGAACCCUGCUCGAUCCCUUGGCCCUGCAGCCAUUACUGGAAUCGUUGCAUAUCAAUGGGUAUUUUGGAUCGGACCUCUUGCCGGUGGCAUUUUGGCUUCCAUAAUAUAUUACUAUGUCCUGUUUCCUCUCAACAUGAGCCUGUCUGACAGGAUUGCUAUGCUGUUGGGGAGAUAUGUACCAGAGGAGGAAUCAUGGGAAAACAAGCAGGAAAACAAAAGGCAGUCUGUUGAGUUGUACUCUGCUCACCCGCUGCCCAAAAAUACAGAGAAAUUCUAAGCCUAUUGGACUUUAUGCCAAAAACAUUAUUUAUGUCUUUCGUUCUGCUUAAUCUGGGGCUUUCAGCAACUGCAGUUUAAGUGCACAUAAUUCUGUAUUGUAGAUGCUCUUCAAAUGUAAUCCAUUGUAAAUAUUAUUUUCGUUUGUAGUGUUUUAAUGCAUUAUUUUCUGUAAUACCAUUAUCGUGUUCAUUAAUCUCCAAGGCUCAGGAGCUUGUAAACCAAACACAAUCCAUCUCAUCCCAAUUUAUGGGGUGCCUGGUACGCAGAGCCAAUGUCAUCUACUCACUCUGGUUAAAGAGAAAUCAAUCAUGGAAAUAAUUCUACUGUCAGUAGGAGACUUUGUUCUAGAGCCAUGGAUUGUCCACAGCUUACAUAGCAAACUCAGAAACUCAGGGUCACUAUAUAAAUAAUUCCACAUUGAAUGCAUGUGUAUAUAUUAUGAGAGUGUCUAUGCCUAGACAAUAUUAUGUCAAUAUAUUAUGUUAUCUUUAUUUACUGUGGAUGAUCAUUGUGUGCAAUAAUAGAAAUGUACAGAGGUUAUGAAAUAAUGAAAUACAGAGCCAUUGGUGAUACAAUAAUUACAACUGCAUACAC